UCUCUCUGAUAAAAUGGUCACAUGUUCAGACAACUUUUUGCGUUACCUUUCAUAAUGAAUCAGGUAAGCUUUCUCUGAUAAAAUGGUCACGCAUUCAGACGACUUUUUUGCGUUUCCAAUGGAUCUGGCAAGCUUUCUCUGAAAUAUUGGUCACGCAUUCAGACGUCGUUUUUGCGUUACCUCUCGUCCUGAAUCAGGCAAGAUAAGAUUAUCGAAAAAAAAAAUAUGUUUUUAUUAAAAUGUAAAGAAGAGCGAAUAAGGAAUGAAGACUAUCGUGGUUCACGAAAACUUGAGCCAGAGUUUUCUCCCUUCAUUUACUGCUCCUAUGAAUACAAGCAUCAUGUUGCUUGCGCUUCUACUGAACACACGGGAUUUCCCUGGAUCAAGCGCUAUGAGAAAGGGGGAAACCCCAGGAGACGGGUUUUGUUGCGAAGUCGCUUCGUUUCUCUAGCCAGGGAACGGUCAAAUCAGCAUCAACUAUCGCUGUACGAGACCCAGCGUGACAAAGGUCACUACAAGCUGUGAGUCCUUCUUAUCAUAUCUAGACACUAGACGUCUAGAAAGUAACGGGUCAAAGUACAGCUAUUGUGGACACGUAGCUUGGUUCAAGUUACCCCCAAAGUUUUGCUUCGGUGGUUCUUCUUAUCCGUGUGCUGAAGUGAAAUUGCCUCCCAAAAUCAUUUCACCAGUGUUAGUUUGGCUAUAUUCCAAAGUAACCUAUGAUGUAUCUCGAGCUAGCCACACUUGCAGUGACCUUAUUCAUCGUUUAUCAUCUGUUCUUCGAGUUCAGAGAAGGUAACCUCCCCCCGGGACCACGUCCUCUGCCGCUGAUCGGUAAUCUAAAUCUACUGAGCAACCAAAUGCACUUGGACUUUGCUGCACUCGAGAAAACAUACGGGAAGAUCUUUCGCGUGUAUCUAGCACACAAGCCGAUUAUUGUUCUAAGUGGUGAUGCUAUCAAAGAAGCACUUGUUCGGCAGCCAAGAAAUUUUGCAGGACGACCACUUUUGCCAAUAACAGAAGAGAUCGUUGAUAAAAGAUGGGGCCCUGCUUUAUUUGCUAUGGACUAUGGAGAGAGAUGGCGCAUAUUUCGUAAGCUUGGUCAUUCAACCAUUAAAGUCUACGGCGAAGAUCGAUUGCAGGAGGUGAUCAAUGAAGAAGUGUCCGAGCUCUGUAAGCGUCUUGAAGAGAGCGACGAGAAACCGAUUGAUAUUACGAAACAGUUCGGCACAGCUGUCACUAACGUAAUCUGCACUAAGAUAUUUGGCAACCGUUAUGACAUUAACGACCCGGAGUUUCAGAGACUUUACUACAUCAACGACAAAUCUACACGUUUGAACAUAGGUGAGGGCUGGUUGAAAGAGGCGUUCCCUAUCCUUAAGCCAUUUCUUCCUUAUAGUCAGCAUGUAAAGGAAAUAAAGGAGCUAGGCCAAGAGCGGUUUGUGAUCAUGAGAGCAAAGUACGAUGAGCACGUCGAGACAUUUGACCCAAAUCACAUUCGUGAUUACACAGACGCGCUACUGAAAGCGAAGCAAGAAGCAGAGGAAGAAGACAAGUCGAGCAAAGAACACUUCGGGGAAGGCCCCAUCAUCAUGGCCGGCCUUGCUACGUUAUUCCUCGCGGGCUCUGAGACCACAACCACUACCCUCAGCUGGGCAAUCGCCUACCUCCUUCACAACCCUGGCGUCCAGGCACGCCUGCACAAGGAAAUUGACCAGGUAAUCGGUAGAGAUGUAUCCCCAAAGUUAUCCCAGAGGAAGAAUCUCCCGGUACUCGAGGCAUUUACCGCAGAAACACAGCGCCUGUCGAAUCUACUCCCGCUCUCGUUACCGCACAAGACCGCUUCUGACUGUACCCUCCUGGGGUAUGAAAUCGCUAAAGGCACCACUGUGUUCACAAAUCUCUGGUCGCUUCACCACGACCCCAGUAUCUGGAAAGAACCAGACACCUUCAACCUGGACCGCUUCCUGGACGCCGAAGGAAAAUUCCAGGCACCUGUUGGAGGUACCUUCCUGCCGUUUGGUGCCGGCCCGAGGGUGUGUCUAGGAGAGGUCUUGGCUCGCUCUGAGCUCUUCCUCUUCCUGGCCACACUUCUGCAGCACUUUGAGUUUGUAAACCCGCCUGGUUAUCCUUUGCCCUCCCUAGAGGGGGACAUGGGUGUUGUUUUACACCCCAAACCGUUUACUGUUUGUGUUCGCAAGCGGCGUGAUGAGUAGGUGUGGACUCGUUCUUCACCUUCCUGAGCUGUUUCUUUCCAUCCCCAGAGAGGGUGGGUGCGUGUGUACUGGUUCUUUUGUCUUCUUGUAUAUUACCUCUUCUUUGUCAUGCGUAAAUACCGGCAUGUAUAACUUGUAUGAGAUACUAAAUAGAGUAAAAUAGGAUAAAAACGUGAACUAGUUGCUCUACAAUACUUAGCCCUAUUCAGACUGGGCUAUUUUGAGCUGUCUGUUACUGGAGGGGGGGGGAGGGCUAAAAGGGCCCCCUCCGUAUUUCAUGAACGGCUUAGGCUAUGACCAUCAAACUUACAGACAAUGAGCACCAGCAUGCAAAGAAUCGUCCCGCCCUAUUUUGGAUGUGGUCGAAUCAAUUAUGACGUCACAAUGACUGUGAAUGCUGAAAAUUGAAUCAAUGUAAACAUUGAUUCAAUUUGUAUGUAAGAUUUCCAGAAUCAAUCAGAUUAUUAUAAAAAAAAAGCAAAAAAAAAAUGCGUUUGCCAAUCAAACAUGAUCUUUGUAUACUCAGCGACCAUUUUUGCUUUUGACGUUUUCAGACGCAUCUUUAAUUGUGUAGUUCCAGAAAAUAUCCAUGCCCCCAUGGGGAGGGUUGGAAAUAUGACCCCCACCCCUCUGGAAUUUCCAUUUUGGGUCCCAUUUGAACCCCCCACCCCUCCGGAUUUUCUAGUUAUAAUACUCGCUACCACCCACCCCCUCUGGAAAUUUUGUUUCCAAAAAAUAUAAUGCAAAUCUAUGACACAUUUAUCACAUAAUGUUACUAAAAAUUAACCCGUCUCACUAAGUAAAAAGCGCUCGAAAGAUAGUUUCAAUCAAAUUUUUAUUUGAUAUACAAAAAUAAAAUAAAAAAUGUGUGCAAAAACGUGUAGUGUGGUGUGGUGUGUCGUGUCGUGUAGUGUUGGAGACGGGACCUACGGUUUAACGUCCCUAUCCGAGUAGAUUUGAAUAUCUAACCGUUUAUUGCAUAUUUUAUUGUAUAUAUGUCCUUGUACUGUAAAUGAAGCAGACCCUCCUGAUUUCUCGCUCCGGACGAUUACCCCCCACCCAACCUCUGGAAAUUCCUGGGCGUAUUUCCAAUCUCCUCCAUGGGUGGGUAUUAUUCAUUAUUCAAUUAUUUUUUAAAUUGUCUCCUAAACCGUGUAUUACUUUGUUUCUAGUGCAUGUAAUAACCUAGUUCAUAUCUCUUUACCGCUCUUUAACUUGAUAGAAAUGUGUGAAAAUUAAAAUUUAAUACAAGUG